AUGAAUGUCAAUCCAGAAGAGUUUGAUGACAUUUUCUCACUCAUCUGUCAAGACUCACUCGAACAUUUUGCACUUUUCGACUCGUGGGAAGUCGGCAAGGCAAGUCGGCUAUUUCUUUCCGUGGAUGUGACGGAAGUGCUUGCUGUGAUCAUCGUGUACUGCAAUGCGACGAUGGAGGGGAAAGUCCCAUUCCUAUUUGAUCUCUUCGAUUUCGACCACUCCAAGAUGAUAUCAAAAGACGAACUGGUUCUACUGAUGCUUUGCACGACUAGAGGGCUCUGUAAAGUGGUUGGUAAGCCCAGACCAGCCACAGACAGUCUUGAAGUCCUUGCUACUGACGCUUUCUCGCGCAUUGAUCGGGAUCAGAAUGGCAGAAUUUCACUUGACGAACUUUCUGAGUGGAUAGUACACGAGCGAACAGUGAUGACUUAUCUUGCAAAAUUCGCGAAUACUCGAGUAAUUUACGAGAACCAAGUGCAUGCUCCGAAGAUGUCUGUGAGGAACUAA